UUGAGCAAGACACGAGUGCGGGUCCGGAAAACCCGAAUGUUCAGCUGAAAUUAUCGUUUCGACUCAGGUGGACGGAGCCGGACUGAGGACCAGCGGACGGGACGCGCGGAGCCGAACCCACCUGCUGCCACCUGGACUCCCCGAGAGUCCCUGGACGUUUCGCUGAAGCCGGAAGUGAAGACCCAGCGCCACCAUGGGCAGCAAGGAGCGCUACCAUUGGCUGGCCCAGAACGUGAAGGUGAGCGGCGUGGAUGACAUGGUGCUGCUGUCCAAGAUCAAUGAGGACGCCAUCACCGACAACCUGAAGAAGAGAUACAUGGACGACUACAUCUUCACCUACAUUGGGCCGGUUCUGAUCUCGGUCAAUCCGUUCAAACAGCUUCCGUACUUCACAGAGCGAGAAGUGGAGCUGUACCAGGGAGCUGCUCAGUACGAGAACCCCCCCCACAUCUAUGCUCUGGCUGACAACAUGUAUCGCAACAUGAUGAUCGACAGCGAGAACCAGUGUGUCAUUAUCAGUGGAGAGAGCGGUGCUGGGAAAACUGUUGCUGCCAAAUACAUCAUGAGUUACGUGUCCAAGGUAUCCGGAGGAGGAGACAAAGUCCAGCACGUCAAAGACAUCAUCCUGCAGUCCAACCCCCUGCUGGAGGCUUUUGGAAACGCCAAGACGGUCCGGAACAACAACUCCAGCCGAUUCGGUAAAUACUUUGAGAUCCAGUUCAGCCGGGGUGGCGCUCCAGACGGGGGCAAAAUUUCCAACUUCCUGCUGGAGAAGAGUCGAGUGGUGUCCCAGAACCCUGGGGAAAGGAACUUCCACAUCUACUACCAGCUGCUAGAGGGCGCCAGCGGGGAGCAGAGGGAGAACCUGGGAGUCACGACCCCGGACUAUUACAACUACCUGAAUCAGUCCGGAACCUACACGGUGGACGACGUCAACGACAAGAAGGAAUUCUCAGACACCAUGGAGGCGAUGUCAGUGGUGGGACUGUCACUGGAGGAGCAGGACUCAGUUCUCCAGCUGGUGGCAGGAAUCCUUCACCUGGGAAACAUCAACUUCCGAGAGGAGAACAAUUACGCCGUUGUGGAGAGCCAAGAUUUCCUGGCCUUCCCGGCCUUCCUGCUGGGAAUCCCGCAGGACGGUCUCUGCAGCAAAUUGACCAGCAGGAUCAUGGACAGCAAGUGGGGCGGCAAGACCGAGUCCAUCUCCGUGACCCUGAACACGGAGCAGGCGGUGUUCACCAGAGACGCUCUGUCCAAGGCGCUGUACACUCGACUCUUUGACUUCCUCGUCGAUUGCGUCAACAAGGCAAUGCAGAAGGACCAGGAGGAGCUGAACAUCGGCGUGCUGGACAUCUACGGCUUCGAGAUCUUCCAGAAAAACGGCUUUGAGCAGUUUUGCAUCAACUUUGUCAACGAGAAGCUGCAGCAGAUCUUCAUCGAGCUCACGCUGAAGGCUGAGCAGGAGGAGUAUGUCCAGGAGGGGAUCCAGUGGAAGCCCAUCGAGUACUUCAACAACAAGGUGGUCUGUGAUCUAAUCGAGUCCAAACUGAACCCCCCAGGGAUCAUGAGCGUGCUGGACGACGUGUGCGCCACCAUGCACGCCAAAGGAGAAGGUGCCGACCAGACGCUGCUGCAGAAGCUGCAGGGCCAGAUCGGAGCUCAUGAGCACUUCAGCAGCUGGAACAAGGGCUUCGUCAUCCACCACUACGCUGGGAAGGUGUCGUACGACGUCAGUGGCUUCUGCGAGAGAAACAGAGACGUCUUGUUCAACGACAUCAUCGAGCUGAUGCAGAGCAGCGAGUUUCCGUUCAUCAGAGCUCUGUUCCCUGAGAACCUGGAGGCCGAGAAGCGAGGACGACCCUCCACCGCCAGCAGCAAGAUCAAGAAACAGGCCAACAGUCUGGUCCAGACCCUGAUGAAGUGCACGCCCCACUACAUCCGCUGUAUCAAACCCAACGAGAGCAAGCGUCCCAGGGACUGGGAGGAGAACCGGGUCAGACACCAGGUGGAGUAUCUGGGCCUGAGGGAGAACAUCCGGGUCCGUCGGGCUGGGUAUGCCUACCGCAGGGUCUUCAACAAGUUCCUGCAGAGGUACGCCAUCCUCACCAAGGAGACCUGGCCCAGCUGGCGGGGGGAGCAGCGGCAGGGAGUCCUCCACCUCCUCAACUCGGUCCAUAUGGACCAGGACCAGUACCAGCUGGGAAAGAGCAAAGUUUUCAUCAAAGCUCCAGAGUCGCUCUUCCUGCUGGAGGAGAUGAGAGAGAGGAAGUACAACGGCUACGCCCGCGUCAUCCAGAAGGCGUGGCGCAAGCACAUCGCCGUACGCAAGUACGUGAAGAUGCGAGAGGAAGCGUCCGACAUCCUGCUGAACAAGAAGGAGCGCCGCAGGAACAGCCUGAACCGGAACUUCGUGGGCGACUACAUUGGGACCGACAACCACCCAGAGAUCCGACAGUUCAUCGGCCGCCGAGAGAGAAUCGACUUCUCAGACGUAGUGGUCAAGUUUGAUCGUCGAUUCAGGACAGUGAAGCGUGACCUCAUCCUGACCCCUAAAUUCUUGUACCUCAUUGGUCGGGAGAAGGUCAAGCAGGGUCCAGACAAGGGUCAAAUCCAGGAGGUUCUGAAGAGGAAGAUGGAGCUACAAAGGAUCCAGUCCGUCUCCCUGAGCUGUCUGCAGGACGACUUCUUCAUCGUCCACGAGGAAGAGUACGACAGCGUCCUCCAGAGUGUCUUCAAGACAGAGUUUCUUAGUCUACUGGUCAAACGCUACCAAGAGAGAACAGACAGGAAGCUGCCGCUCAAGUUCAACAACCUGUUGGAGUUCAAGGUGAAGAAGGGAGGUUGGGGUCCCUUCAGCUCCGCCGGGUCCAGGCAGAUCCAGUUCCAGUUGGGUCAGGGAGACGAGGCCGUGCUGAAGCCCAGCGGGAAGGUGCUGCUGGUCUCUAUUGGACCGGGUCUGCCCAAAAACUCCAGACCCACCAGACGGGAUAAUCGCAAGAGUCUCUACCGCAACCAGGAUCUGCCCACCAGCAUCUACAACCCAGUCCCUCAGUCGAGAGAAGGUGGCCACCGCAGAGGAAACGCCUCGGCCCCUCGGGGGUCUCUGCUCAGGCAGCAGUCCAGCAUGGAGCAGCCCAGUCUGCCCCGCUUCCAGAGCCAGCGCCGCACCGACAACAGGCAGCCUCAGCUGGACAUGGGCUUCAUGGAGGUCCCGGAGCAAGGAGCUGCCGGGAUGCAGCGCCGCCGCUCUAAGGAGGUGAAACCGCUCCCGGGAGCUGGUCGGCCCAAACCGGCCCCGAAGCCCAAACCGCGGUCGCCGCAGUGCAGGGCACUCUAUGCUUAUGACGCCCAGGACACAGAUGAGCUCAGCUUCAAUGCAGAGGACGUCAUCGAGAUUCUCAGUGAAGAUGCGUCCGGCUGGUGGUUUGGCCGCCUGCGGGGCAGAGAGGGAAUGUUCCCAGGGAACUACGUGGAGAAGAUCUAGAAAACCAGCACUUCUGUCUGCAACACCGCAGUGGAGAGAAACGACCAGGCGAUGGCGCCAACGCCGUGUCAGUCAGAGGGACCCGGUGAAUCUCAGGUCGUCUACGGCCUGAACCAAGUUUUCAUCAGUAUUUCCGUUUUUAAACUUUAAAUCAAUGCGCAUCACCACGCAGCGCCGCCUUCGGGCCGCAGAGUUCACUGCACCCUCAGGACUAAAUCCUCUCUUAUUAAAAUGUAAACGCUGGUGAAGUUUGUGUCGAUGAAAAUGUCAAACUCUGUCAGACGCCUUGCUGAUUUUAGACAGUUGGUUUUACAUGGUGAGUUCCGACUGCAGAGACUGGUCCAGGAAGAACAAUAAACCCACCCGUGCUUCUUGUACGUCG